AUGAGGACCGACGACGACGAGAUAGGGUCGCCCCUCUUACAGGACCACUUCUCGACGGACCGUCUCGAGGUCGGCAGUGACGGAGGAGACUAUGGCACGGCGACCACCCCUCUCUACGAGAGCGACUGCGCUACGCCGGGUUCCGACAUUCAGGAGGGAGUGAGGCAGAUUGAGGCUGUCUCGAGGGCGUGGACCAAGUCUGCCUUGAUCGUAGCUUAUAUGAGCAUCUUUCUCAUCGCUUUCACAACCUCACUCGAGGGUCAGGUCACAUAUGCCUUGACGGCUUUUGCUGUCAGCUCUUUCAACAACCACUCUCUGUUGUCGACUGUUUCAGUUGUUCAAAAUGUUGUCAAUGCCGUCAUCAAACCUCCUAUGGCCAAGAUUGCCGAUGUCUUUGGUCGUCUCGAGGCCUUUGCUAUUUCCAUCGUCCUUUGCGUACUUGGCUACAUCCUCAUGGCAGCCUCCAAGAACGUGGAAACCUAUGCUUCCGCACAAAUAUUCUACGCGGCUGGCUCAACGGGACUGCAGAUUCUCCAGCAGGUCUUCAUUGCCGAUACCAGCUCGUUCCUUAACCGAGCCCUCUUCUCCAGUCUACCGGACAGCCCCUUUCUGGUCACGGUUUGGAUCGGUCCGCUGAUAGCGUCAGCCAUUCUCGCAACAACAACCUGGCGAUGGGGCUACGGCAUGUGGGCGCUCAUCCUGCCCGUUGCCUUUCUCCCCUUGGCCUUGAGUCUGUACCUCAACCGCCGGAAAGCAGAAAAACUAGGGAUCCUCAAGCCAAAGCACCAUCACAGCAACAACGACGACGGCACCACCAAGGCCAAGAUUCGCAACAUCCUCCUCCGCGACCUCGACAUGAUCGGCACCCUCCUCUUCAGCGCCGGCCUUUCGCUCAUCCUGAUCCCCCUAACCCUCAUCUCCCGUUCCCCCCAGGGUUGGCGCGACCCUAAGCUCCUUCCUAUGAUCGUCCUCGGCACCUUCCUCCUCAUCCUCUUCCCCCUCUGGGAAUCCCGCCCGCACCUCGCUCCCCACCCCCUUUUGCCGUUAGACCUGCUCAAAUCCCGCACCUUCGUCGCCGGCUGCAGCCUAGGGUUCUUCUACUUCAUGAUCUUCUACAUCGCAGUCCAGCCGUACUUCUACUCCUACCUCCUAGUGGCUCUCAACCUCCCCGUCAACCGCGCGGGGCAGAUAACCCAAACCUUCUCCUUCUCCUCCACCAUCGCCGCCAUCCUCGCCUCCCUCGCCAUCCGCCAGAGCAAAUCCCCCCGCCCAAGACCGUUCAUCAUCGCCGGCGCUUUGUUAUAUACCUUCGCCAUCGCCAUCUUGCUCAUGACCCGCACCAAGGGCGUUAGCAUACCCUCGCUGUUCUCAGCCCAGGCUACCCUCGGCGCCGGCGCCGGGUUGAUGCACGUUGCGACGCAACUGGCCGUGCAAGCAUCCUGCGGGGAUAAACACGCGCACGUCGGCGUCGCUACGGCCGCUUUUCUUACCUUGGUAGAAGUUGGUGCGGCGGUGGGGGCCGCUUUCAGCGGCGUCAUCUGGGGCCGACUGAUUCCCCACAAACUAGUCGCCUACCUCCCCGACGCGCUAAAAGGCGAGGCAAAGAAAAUCUACGCCAGCGUGGUGGUAGCGCGGAGUUAUCCCUGGGGGUCGGUAGAACGGGAAGCGAUUGCCAGAGCGUACCAGGAGACGGUUACGGUACUCCUAAAGUGCGCGCUGUUUUGGUGCGUGCCGCUGGUGGUGGUGGCGUUGUUUGUCGGGGAUUAUAGGCUUGGUGAGGGAGGGCAGUGGGAGGUUUGGAAUGGACGGGGACUGGUGGUGGGGACGGGGGAGGAGGAGAUUGAUGAACGGGCGAGGAGGAUGGAGGAACGGGUGGAGUGGUGGAGGUUUUGGGUUUGGAUGGGGAAGGGGAGCGGGUAUUAUGGGAGGAACAGGAGGAGGAGGAGAAGGGUGGUUGUUGAGGAGGAGGAGGAAAGGGAAGAGGUUGUGAGGUGA